AUGUUAACGUUCCAUUGCUAUGAUCGAGUUGCACAAUUAUUCAUUGAUGUCUUAGGACAAAGAAAAGUGGCCAAUUGUUCUUGCCAAGGGUUUCUCGAAAUGAAUGUGUUGAGCCCGACGCUUUUACAAAAGAUAUUAAGUGGAAGGAAGCGGCUAGAGCUACGCAAAAGGAGAGACGGAAGUCAAGAAGAUGAAGUUAGAGGAGGCACAAAAGAUGAUAAGGAAACAAGUGUGGACACUACUGCCAAGGUAGUAAAUGCGGAAACUGAAAGUGUGACAGGAGGGUACAAUAGAGAAGAACAGAUUGUCAGGAUGCCAAUAGUGAAGCAGAUAGUGAAGCAAAAGCUGAAGUAA